AUGUCCAUGACAUCAGGACGUCAAGCGUUUACUUCCGAGUGCAGAGAUUCAAAUACCACAAAUUCAUUUUGGUUGGCUAAUUCACCGACUCUCACACUUGGCUCUACGAUGCAGGUCGUGGGGUCCGGCCCCAUCGGCGCCACCUAUGCCAAGAUUCUAGCUGACGCCGGCAAGGAUGUCCUCAUGGUUGAGACUGGCACCCAGGAAAGUAAGAUUGCUGGAGAGCAUAAGAAGAAUGCUAUCAACUACCAGAAAGAUAUCGAUGCCUUUGUGCAUGUCAUUAAGGUAAUCAGCUCAAGAAUUAGCACCUUUGAGUGUAUUUCUCUAACUUUCGAUCUUCUCCUCUUUCAGGGAAGUCUACACUACACGUCUGUACCGACCAACAAAGCCGCCGUUCCUACACUGGCUCCGAUCUCCUGGAAAGCGAACGGCCAAAUUUUCAACGGACAGAAUCCCCGCCAGGAUCCAAACGUAAACCUGGAUGCCAAUGGUGUGGCACGUAAUGUGGGCGGCAUGUCUACCCACUGGACUUGUGCGACUCCCCGACAGAAAGAGAAGGUUGAACGCAGCGAUAUAUUCAGUGGUGACGAAUGGGAUAGCCUGUACAAGGAGGCAGAAAAGUUGAUCGGAACCAGCAAGACUGUGCUGAAUGACUCGAUCCGGCAAGAAUUGGUCAUGGAGAUUCUGAAUGACGAGUACGGGAAGCGAUCAGCCGAACCACUACCUUUGGCUGCAAAGAGGAAUGGCAAUACGGCCUACAUCACUUGGUCAUCCUCGUCAACUAUCCUUGACGCGAUGAACUGUAAGAAGAAAUUUACACUAUGGCCCGAGCACCACUGUGAGAAGUUUAAAGUCGAGGAAACAGAUAACGGGCCACAGGUCACCAAGGCUAUAAUCCGCAAACUCGCCACAGAUAAACUGAUUACAGUUAAGGCGAAAGUAUUUAUCGCUUGCGGGGGGCCUAUACUUACACCCCAGCUACUUUUCAAUUCGGGCUUCGUGCCGACAAAGCCCAACAGGGAUCCCAGAACCCAAAUACCAUUAGAAGACGACGAGAAAGGCAUCCCACCUCCACCGGAUACUCUGGAGCAUCUCAAGCUUCCUGCUCUAGGACGCUAUCUGACAGAGCAAAGCAUGUGCUUCUGCCAAAUUGUUCUGAAAAAAGAAUGGAUUGAGGCAGUGGCUAAUCCAAAAAAGAACCCUUAUCAAAGCGAUGGGGUGAAACGCAAAAAGUGGGAGAAGCUCAAGGAAGGGUGGAAGGAAAGGGUCCAGGAACAUAUGAAAAGGUUUAAUGACCCUAUUCCCUUCCCGUUCGAUGAUUUGGACCCUCAGGUUACUCUACCCUUGGACUAUCACCAUCCGUGGCAUACCCAAAUCCAUCGCGAUGCCUUCUCCUAUGGCGCAGCACCCCCAGCCAUUGAUAAGCGGACCAUUGUUGACCUCCGAUUCUUCGGAACGGUUGAGCCGGACUGGAAGAACUAUGUGACCUUUGAAACCGACAUCAGGGAUGCGUACGGCAUGCCCCAGCCCACCUUCCGCUACAAGCUGAACGAUGAGGAUCGCAAACGGUCGCACCAGAUGAUGAAAGAUAUGGAAGAGGCCGCUGGUGCUCUGGGUGGCUACCUCCCAGGGUCGGAGCCUCAAUUUCUAGCUCCUGGCCUUGCACUGCACGUCUGUGGUACCACUAGAGCUCAGAAGAAGGAGAAAGAGUGUGACCCUGAUCCCAAAGAGACCUCGUGCUGCGAUGAGAACUCCAAGAUCUGGGGUAUCCACAACCUGUACGUGGGUGGGUUAAAUGUGAUCCCUGGUGCCAAUGGGUCCAACCCUACCUUGACAGCAAUGUGCUUCGCCAUCAAAAGCGCGAAGAGUAUCCUUGAAGGGAAUUCUUAG